AACCUGUUGAUGAAAGUUUAAUUGAAGCAAUUGAAUAUAUUAGAAAAUUAAUAAAAAACAUUCGCGAUUUGGAAGGUGCCUCACAAAAAAAAAAGAAAAAGGGUAGUAAGGCAGAUAAUUUUGAUCCCAAUAAACCUAAAUCUCUUAAAUUGUUUGUUGCAACAAAAUUUCCAGAGUGGCAAGAUUUUGGUGGUUGA